UAUACAUUGGGAUUGGUGAGAAUAUACGGUUUUUUCGCUUUGGAGUGUUAUUUUCUGAAAAUAUUGAACAAAAUAUGGAAAAAAAAUUAAUAAAACCAAUGAGUAAAAACAAAACAAAGGCUGUCUACGUGUUGAUUUUUUUUUUAUUCUCACCCGAUGUACUACGGCCCGGCGCCGUCAACGACGCGACGCGACGGGGCGAUUCUCUCUGCUAGAUUUUGCAAUUGCAUUCACAUCGCGCGAGCGCGCAGAUGUGUGAGUAUCGGAUAUGCGAAUAACUUUAUAUGACGUGUGGCGUAACCUGGUUUUUUCAAUUUAUGAUACACGAAAUUAUCAAAUCCAUGUCGAGAAGGAGAUUCAACAAUCGAAGGAGAGCGUAAUAAAAAUGAAAACGAGGUUAUUUAUUAUAGUAUAAUUAUAUAUAUUUAACAAAUUUAUUUUUAACAUUUUCUCUUGAUUCCCAAAACAUUCAAUUUCAAAAAGAUAGAUUUAAAUAAUAUAUUGUUAGCUUUAUAAAUCAGUACACGCGAACAUAUAUUUUUAAACUGCUAAUUUUGAGAUAUCAUCUCACAAAUGCGUGUUUAUUUUAUAAUAGGCAGAUAUAUACAUUUAUUGAUUUUGUCAUUAACGCAAACGUCACUACAUCGUGACAGUAAUAAUUCUAUAAAAACUUUGUAUUCCCAUUCGACAUUUAUUAAAAGUACAGAUGUCUGAAAGAGUUAUGUAUAUGCCGACUCUUCCAAGUACUUUUAACAGUCUCGUCGGGAAGAUGGUGAAGAUCGAGACGGAGGAACCGCAGGAUCUUAUCGAAUUGCUAGGUGAUCUUCUGGGAGUUACAGAUUACGAAACUAACAAGGCCGCUUUCUGGUUCUUGGACACUAUAGCGCUGCAACUUUUACAUUAUAAAAAUAGUCUAGAUGAUCAGCAUAGAAGUGUCCUAAUUAGCUGGUUGGCCGGCGAAAUGAAAUUAAUUCGAGAAUCUACUUUUGUAGAUAAAAAGCUCUCGCGUGAAGACUUUUUCAAGGAAAUGAGAAUAUUCUUUCUAUAUAUUGCUGAGACUAUAUCUAGUGGCGAUCAAUUGUUGCAUUGGGAAUUAAUCGUGGAUAAAUGUCCCAAAAAUAUAUCAACAAAUUCAAUAAGUUCAGUCACGAAUAAAUCAUCUAAUGAGAAAUUAGUAUCGGAAUACAGUAUGGCUCAAGAAAUCACACGUUCCUUAAUUAUGGAAAAAUCCAGAGAUUCCGAAAAUAGAAGUUUGCAACGGAAAUCGUCAAAAGAGCUUCAAACUUCGUUAAGUAUAGAGAAUUCGCAAAUAGAUACAUUCAUAGAUGCGGCCGUUGAAUCUUCCAACUUGACACAUUUAAACAUCGCAUUGGAUACAAUUAUUGAAGCGACGUACAACAUGUAUGCUAAUGAAUUACGGUAUGCUCUUAUACAUGCAGUUUUUGUAACGCCAAUACAAUUACAAAUCUAUCAUAUGCCGCACACUCUCCGAAUACCGCGUCAAAUUAAAGUCGCGGAUCCUAAAGAAUGGUUUGACAUACAGCUUCGCAAGCGAUUGGAAAAGGCUGCCUAUGAAUCGACAAUUCCAGGAAAGAAAACGACUACUAAUGUAAAAAGAGAGCGAGAAGUUACGGAGGAUUUAAAUAUAGAAGUUCCUCCGACGCCACCACAUUCUUUAAGUGACGAAGAAAUAUUAGCCAACAAUCGUCGAUUUAUUUUACCGUUGAUAGAAGCAAAAGAAGCGGCACAAAUCUACGAGAUGCAUGCAAAGAAUAUGAUAUAAGGAUAAAUAAAAAAAAGAUUGGAAAAAAUAUAACUUGCAAGGAUUUUAUUUUGUAUCGUUGAAUAUAUAAAAUACAAUAUCAUUCUGUAAUUAUCGCCGUGCCCCAUUCGUGACAUUUAAACUUUUUCACUGUUUUAAAAUCUAAUGGCUGGAUGUUUAAUUUAAUAAAAUUAUAUG